AUGGCCCUACGUGCGAGCUCCCAUCACGAAGGCGACAAUGCUGAUACUACAAGCGAAGAAGUCGACCCAGUGCAGCAAAUUGCGCGCAAAUGUGAAACCAAGAGCCUAGGCGUAUCACGGCACAUGCAGCUGCCGAUUGCCUUCAUGCGAAUCGGAUUAUCAUGCCUCAUCGGCGCUCCUGCUAGCCUGGCGGAUCUUGUGUUUUUCUUACUUAUGGCUGGGGAGGGAGCCAUGGAGAAACUAUUGACAGCUGCAACCAAAGCCGGAGCUGACGGGAAACUGGCCAGGGAGAGUGUGGACGUGCUGCUCGGUGAAUACGACAAAAACAUAUCGAUCGGAAGGGGAGUAAGGAGGGGGUGGAGUCCAGGGGCAGUCAUGGACCGGGCGGCACAGUCCAUACAAGAGCUGCAAUAUGGAUUUGCGGCAUAUUCCCUAGAUCCGAACGGUGUGUUGCUGCAUAAUGGGCGCGUUGUACAGUGGGGCGGAGCACGGAGAGGCAUGAGGAGUGAUCAAGGCAUUGAGGCCCACGCCUGCUGUGGCGAGCCUGACAACUUAGGGGGUGACCAUCACGCGGUCGGUGGUGCUGACCCCCAUAGCGGACAUGUCAACCCCCAGAACCACGUCGAUCCCGUUGAGACGGGUCCCCGGUACGUGUUGUUAGUCUAUUUCAUUCGGGUGCACGAGAGUGUCCUCACCUUUGACGCUGAGGGUCGGGCCAUUGACUUUGACGUCUGGGUAGAUGACCUGCAGCUUUUCCUACUGAGCGACAGAGCAGACGGUCUCUCCCUCUUUGACCUCACUUCUGGUGCCUCUCCUGCCCCUGCUGCUGAUGCUGACGCCACUGUUCGCUCACAGUGGGCCACGCGCGAUGCUGCUGCUCGCCUUGCUGUGCGCCGCCACUUGCCGACCGCUGAGCGUGCGCACUUUAGCCAGUACAAGAGUGCUAAGACCUUGUACGACGCUGUUGUUACACGCUACUCUUCCCCUGCCACUGCUGCGCUUAGCCGCCUCAUCCUACCGUACCUCUUCCCUGACCUCGCCGCUUUUCCCACUGUCGCUGACCUCAUUACGCACCUUCGCACUAGUGACACUCGCUACCGCGCUGCGCUUCCUGCUGAGUUCUGCGCCAAGAACCCCCCCCCCAUGUACAUCACCCUCUACUACAUAGUCACCCGGCUCCCUGACACCCUUCGCCCGGUCAGGGACCACUUCCUCUCUGUUUGCCCCACCACCCUCACCGUUGACCUCCUCGAGGAGCGCCUGCUCGCGGCAGAGAAGAGCAUAGUCGCAGUAGGUGCCUCUCGUGGUGACCCUCGUACCCCUGUCUUUGAGGGGUGCUCCCCCUCUCCCCUCUUGCCCUCUGUUGCCUCUGCUGCUGCGGCCGACCUCGUUGGUCUUGAGUCGGUCGCUGCGGCGUCUGCCCCUAGCGGGAGACGCCGCCCUGGCAAGGGCAAGGGGGGCAAGGGUGCUGGAGGAGCUGGCGGGGGCGGUGGAGGCGGAGGUGGAGGUGGUGGAGGGGGUGGGGGUGGCGGUGGGGGUGGUGGCGGGGGUGGGGGCGUCGGUGGCGGGACUGGAGGUGGAGGUGGAGGCGGCGGUGGCGGUGGGAGCGGAGGUGGCGGAGGUGGCGGUAGUGGAGGAGGUAGCGGCGGAGGCGGCGGAGCUGGUCGGGGUGGCGCUGCGCAGAGGGGUGGCUCCGGUGGUGGUGCGCGCCAGCAGCAGCAGCAGCAGCGUACCCGUGAGACCCCUUCCCCCCAGCAGCUUCGUGAGUGGUACGUUGCUCGUCAGCGGGGCGGGGGUGCUGGCCCCUGUACCUACGUUCUCCGUACCGGCGACCGGGCGGGUGAGCAGUGUGGGGGCGCGCACCCCACCCAGCGCUGCUUCGGUCGUCUGACAGACGCGUGGCGCCACCAGUUCCCCGACGCUACUGAGAUCCCUCGCUGGGGCGAGCUGUCUAGGGCGGGUGUUGCAAUCUAUGAUCUUGAUUUUGAUGCUAUUCUUGCUGCCAUGUAUGCUGUGACUAUUAGUGAUGAGGGUGACUGUUACCGGUGUUUCCCGCCUGACCCAGGCAUAGAGGCUGCUGCGCUAGGUACUUGUGAGGCUGCUGCUCUAGGUGCCAGUGCGUCUGCUGCCCCAGGUGCCGGUGAGUCUGCGCUCUCAGGUGCUGCGUCGUCCCCGGACACCCACACCUUCACCCUUGACUCGGGUGCUUCCCGCUCCUUCUUUCGAGACUGCACCACUCUCACACCGCUCAGUCGGCCUGUUGCGGUCUCCCUGGCGGACCCCUCUGGGGGUCCUGUCCUUGCUCACUACUCCACUGUCCUACCGUGUCCAGCGGUCCCGUCUGGCUCCCUGUCGGGUCUCUACCUCCCCUCGUUCUCUACGAACUUGGUGGCGGGUGCUGACCUCCAGGAUGCAGGAGUUGACCAGUUCACCCCUGCGCGUCAGCGGGUGACCCACUGCACUUGUGCGGACACGGGCCGCCACUUGGCCACGUUUGCUCGUCGGCCAGGGUCGAGCCUGUACACACUGACUACUGAGUCUUCUCCAGUCACUGAGUCUGCUCAGGUAGCCGCGUCGGGUCAGGUGUUUGCUGCGGCGUCCAGGUCUGGUCCUGAGUCUGCCCCCUGCUCGUGUCGUCUCCUGUCCCACCGGACUAUACUCUGGCACCACCGUCUUGGUCACCCCUCCCUGCCUCGCCUUCGAGGCAUGGCUUCCCGUCUUCUUGUUUCUGGUCUCCCCCGGUCCCUCCCUCCCCUUCCUCCGGGGCCUGCCCCCACCUGCGUUCCCUGCGUCGAGGGGCGGCAGCGCGCUGCUCCUCACUCCUCCGAGUUUCCUCCGACAGAGGCUCCGCUGCAGACGCUUCACAUGGACGUGUGGGGCCCAGCCCGCGUCCGUGGGCAGGGUCAGGAGCGCUACUUCCUGCUGGUGGUUGACGACUACUCGCGUUACACCGCAGUCUUCCCCUUGCGCAGCAAGGGUGACGUCACUGAGGUGUUGAUCGCCUGGAUCCGCGCGGCUCGUCUCCAGCUCCAGGAGAGUUUCGGCUCCGACUUUCCUGUUCGGCGUCUGCACUCCGACAGAGGCGGAGAGUUCUCCUCUGACCUUCUGCGGACCUUCUGUCGCGCACGAGGCAUCCGCCAGACCUUCACGCUUCCGGACUCUCCGCAGCAGAAUGGGAUUGCUGAGCGCCGCAUCGGCAUGGUCAUGGACGUCGCUCGUACGUCCAUGAUCCAUGCGGCUGCUCCCCAUUUUCUGUGGCCGUUUGCGGUUCGGUACGCGGCGCAUCAGCUCAACCUUCACCCCCGGGGCGUUUGUCCGCGACUUGUCUGCGGACAAGCUGUCCUCUCGUGCUGUUCCCUGCGUCUUCCUUGGCUUUCCCCCUGA